AUGAGUGGUUUCAAUCUUGGGGUACCACAAAAUAUUUCCAGAAGACUUUCCACCAUUAACCGCGACGAUGCUGACGAUAUACUACCUGAAGAAUCCUCCCAGCAUUUGGAUAGUAUAAUUCAAGCGGUGUCUAUGGAAUGGCGAGAGCUUAUGGAUGAUGACGCUAACACUCUCGAAGCUGCUCUUUCUUUAAUGGAUAAUUCGUCAAUCGGAAAAGCCAAAUAUUAUAACCGUUUUGAAGGGCUUAAAAAUGAACUUCAAGAAAUGCUUAAGCUUAUUGUGAACAAUAACUAUCAGGGGUUCAACACAUCUAUUGGUUCCUACCGCAGUGUUGUACACUCUGUUUCUUCAACACAAAACAAUAUCAAUGAGAUUAAGGAACAGCUGACGAGUGCUCGAUCUGAUCUGGCAGCACGAAGAACGGAGUUAAGAGAAAUGCAAGUUACAUCGGCACAGUAUGACCAAAUGAUUACGAUUCUGGAAGAUAUUGAAAGCCUGAAUUUGGUUCCGGAUAAGUUGGAGCAACAAAUUUCACAAAAGCUUUUUUUGUCAGCAUUCAAGACACUUUCAAUUGCAACUGUUAAAGCGAAUCAAGAAGACAUUGCUCAGAUUCCAGCUCUACAGGCAAUGAAGAGUUAUUUACAAUCUCAAGAAGUUAAUCUGUACUCUGUACUGGUAGAGGAACUGCAUAACCAUAUUUACUUAAAAUCACCAUAUACAGACUCGCGAUGGCAUUCAUAUCGACAGGGUGUGGAUGACUUUGGGACUGUGGAACAAGUUUUGGAAAACAAGAUUCGGUUUGAGCUUUCUGAAAAGACGACUAGCGAAACAUCCCAGCUUGAUGAAUUUCUGAAAAAAUUAAAGAAGGACGAUUUUUUUGUUGAAAUUAAUUCAGAAACUGCAGAGUCUGAUUCGUUUUAUUACAUCCGACUUCUUAUUGAAACCCUGGGAAACUUAAACCGGUUACCCAAUGCGUUUGAAGAAAUCAUUCAACGUAUGCCUUCGGAGUUGCAUAAAAUGAUUGACAAGACAAUUGUCGAGGUUGGCCAGCGGUUCCCUAAAAACUUAAAUAUCCAGACGAGCAAGUCGCCAUUUGCACUUUAUGAAGUUGGACUGCAUGCAGGAGAUAAUAGAAUGGCAGCACUGAAGGAUCUUACUUGGACGUUAUAUUCCAAGUAUAUUGCGAUUUUACAAGCUCAUAGAGUGAUCUACGAGGUGACGCUAAAGAUUUCUGAUGCUCAGGGCAAGAGUGGCACUUACGACUUUGGUGGAAUUUAUCAAGCUAUUGAAAACGACAUCAAGACGUUUCUUAACAGUUACAUUCAAACUAGUAAGAGUGAAGUUGUCAAAAACACUCUCGUGGACGCAGUAGUGUUAUCUGAAAAAACGCGAUAUUCGUUUGACAAGAUUAAUCGCAAGAAAAACCAUUCACUGUUUAAGUUUUCGAAAAUGGACAUUUUACAAGAUGGCGUUAAGGACGAAUACCAGCAAUUACAAGUAGCAUAUGAAAAGUCAGUUCCUGGUCUUGUUGCAUCUGCAAGAGAAUCUGCACAUGAUGAUGAAGAUGGGCUUAAUCCAUAUCUUCCUGCAGACUUGAAGGUUGCACAUCAGCUACUUGUUUCACCCAAUGUAUUUAACAUUCGUGUCAUGUUGGAACCGACUGUUCAGUUUAUCCAAAAGGCUGAUGCCAUUUUCCCUGGCGAAAUUGCAAAGCCGCAAAUGUCAUUUGUGGAGAAUUUUAUGAUGAGCUCGUUUGUGCCGCAGCUCGAGUAUGCCCUCAUAGAGGUGUAUAACAAGGUGAUUGCUUCGAUUUAUGAUGGAACAUCCAGUAUUCUUACUGAGACCAGCAUCAACUGGCCUCGAAUUUCCAAACUGCCUGUGCUGGACGAUGUUGUCCGUUUUUACGAUUACUUGAGACGAACAUGUUACUUGUUAAACACAUCAGCGGUGUACCGAGAACACUAUGUGCGUCUUGUUCUUCGGGUAGUUGAACGUUUUGGCAAGGCUUGUGUAUCAAGUUUUGACUCUAAAGUAACAUUCCAAGCAAGAAGCGCGAAUGAUGAUUCUAAGUUGGUUGUCAAGCGCAAGCUUGGAGCUUCUUGGGUUGGAGAUCCUACAUUGAGAAAGGUAAUCAGCAAUACCGAUUACCACGAUGCCAGCACAGUAGUUAUCAUGGCAACGCCUACCAACGUGGUGACUUCGACAGUGAAUGGACAAAAGCUGUCGCCGUACCAGCAAGAAGUUAACUUUUAUUUAAACAAAAGAGCAAGCCAAAAGUUGCGCCAUGUGACUGGAGUUUUACGUAGCGACCUGCUAUCUUAUGCAUCAUUUCAAGGGAUUGCUACAUUGGCGACGUCACUGCGGUGGCUGGUACUUAAAAUGAAGCAGCUGAUGCGUGUGAUUGAUAAGGGCGCGGAAGAUGUGACAGUUUCUGCAUCUGGAGAAAUGGCUGGUGCUGAAGGGUUUUCGGCGUCAUUGCGCAAGAAGUGGCUACUGAUUGAAUUAAUUCGGCCUGUUGAAGAUGUUUCUGUUUUGCCAGUUGGCAACUCGACGUCAUUGUACGGCGGACCAAACAGCAGUGCAUUAAGUCUUGCGAGUUCGCUGAGCAAUGAAAACAAUGACAGCGAGUCAUCCACAAGCCAAGAGGUGAAGCUAGGCGGGAUUUUUGGGGGGAACAUGGAGAGCGUUGCACUGACGCUUUCUGGGACUACGGUUGACCUAUUUGAAAAGGCAGUGGACCAGUUGGAGCGGUUGGCAGAAACAUGCGUGCUGACCCUCAAGGCCGAUGUGCGGUGCCGGGCACUGUACUAUAUGGACGCUACUGUGAAGCGAGGGACAUUUUAUGUUGGGCAGAGUUCUAAAGUGGGGACACAGGAUGCGAGCGAGGUGCUUGUGGGACAGCUGGACACGGAUUUGACGAAGCUUGAUGGAAUUAUGGAAGAGACUCUUGUGCCGCUGGACCGGCGGACGGUUUUAGGGGGGCUUUCUAAGUUUAUGGAUCUGCUUGUUGUUGGGUGCGCAGAUGGAAUUGAUUAUAUUAAUGAAGGCGGGAUUUCAAAGAUGGGCCGUCAUUUGGUAGUUUUACAGCAAAUGCUUAAGGGUCUUGAGGAUUCACCUGCGGAUGUGGACUUUAGUCAAAGCAAGGCAUUUUUCAAGUACGCAGAACUGACGCCGGCCGCGGUGCUAGAUCAAGUAAAGCGGCGGACGGAUCUGGCUGUUGCGUUUGGAUAUGACCAGAUUAAGACACUUUUGCGGCUGAUUCGGUCCAAGAAUAUGCGCCGGUUCCAGUUGACGGGUAACCGGGAGGCAGAGCUUGCGGAAAAGGCGGCAUAUAAUGAGGACUUGGUCAAGUUACAUGAGUAUUACUGGGGGUCUGAGAAGGUGAAUGUUUAA